AUGGUGUUCGGCCUGAAGCUUGGUCUUCCCAAAGCUACGAAGGCAUCGGCUGAGUCUCCAGACAAGAGUUCGAAGGCAGAGGGAAGCGGACGGAGUAACUCCAAAGGAGACAGGAGUGGUGGUGGAGGGGGAGGAGGCAAAGGAGCACUUACCGUCAAUGAGUUUGUUGCUCGCACAAAGCGAUAUAGAGAAAGAGGGCUGGAGCCAACGAAACCUGAACUCAUUGCCUACGCACGGUACUUGGGUAUAGAUCCCAUCACAGAUGGUGAUCUCAUGUGGAUAGCAGAUGAGGCUCUUGCAGCACCACUUCCAUCCGAAUGGACAGAACACCACGACAGUGCGGAUCGGGUCUUCUACUACAACGUGCAGACCCAUGCCAGCUCGUGGACACAUCCUCUCGAGCAGAUGCACCGGGACACGUACAAGUCGAUUGUGCAUUAUCGCAGCGGAGAGGUCUCCAAGGAGGAUCAGGUGACUGAGCUCGAGAGGCUCAAGAGAAAGUGCGACGACGCAGAGCGUGAGUCCAUCAGAGAGCUUCAGGCGUGGUCAGAACAUACUGACGAGGGAGGUCAGAAGUUCUUUUACAAUCGCGAGAAACAGGUCAGUGUGUGGACGGAUCCACGGCCUGCGCGUUGCCAUGCCCUGUACGUGCAGAUGAGAGCUCUCCGCGACAUGAGCAAGCAUUGCGGGCAGGCCGUUCCUGGCCUUGGCCCAAUGGAUGACCCGCGGAGAGAUAAGCUUCGAAUUCAGCAGACGUUGGUUAUGGGAAACGUAGAUCCUCUGGGCAGAAGUACUAUGCGUGAUAAAAGAGAUGAUGACAGUCGAUUGGCUGGCGGAAGUGGCACUGCAGGCCAAAAAGACGAGGAGAAGAAAAAGAAGAAGAAACACAAGGAGGGAAAGCACAAGAAGGAGGGAGGCAACGAGGAGCUUCUGGACCUGACCGAAGACGGCGAUGGGGAGAUAGGAGCUCCGGACAUCUUCAACAAGAAGUCUGGCCUCGACGUCAAGAAACCCUCGUUGUCUGCCGUGGAGGAGGUGAGACAGGCGCUUGGUGUUGCUCCUGGCAGCAACGCUGCUGGCAGCCAAAGUCCACGCGGAUUGUCUGGCGGACUGCCCAGCAUAAACCAGGGCAGUUUUGGCCGCUUGCCACAAACACCACCAGGUGAUGGUUUAAGCUCCGUCGGCCGAGCAAAGGUAAGGGCAGGCAUUCGUUUAGAGCCGAUCAAGGGCUAG